AUGAUAUAUCUUCAUUUUGUUGUCGCAGGGCAUUUGAUAACUGUGGACUCAGCCGUCUUACAUGACCAGGAGCAGGCAGUUCUUGUCAGUCCAGUCCUGGAUCAGCAGGACUGGAGUUGUGUGAGGCUGGUGUACCAAAUCACUGGACAAGGUUCCCUUCAUCUCCACCUCAGACCAGACAGUGAUAACUUUGACUACCAGCUCUGGACUGCCGACAAAGCCUCUGACAGCUGGCUCAUCGCUAGUGUGGACCUGCCUAACACCACCAUCCCCUACCAGAUUUUGCUGGAAGGUCGACCUAAAAAUGGCUCAGGGAACAGUGUGGCCAUCUUUGAAAUUCACAUUGUUCCAGGUUACUGCAUAGAGUGUAAUUUUGAGGAGCAUCACCUCUGUGGCUACAGUAACAGCUGGAACCCAAAUGUCAACUGGUAUGUUGGGGGAAGUGUGGCCAGAGAUCCUGAGACUAACCUGCUAGAAAAACACACCAUCAAUAACCAGAGAGGCCACUACAUGUAUGUGGACUCUGUGUAUGCCAAGCACUUCCAGGAAGUGGCCAAGCUGACCUCACCCUUAACCACGGGUGCCCAUGGCUGGCUGCCUCUCCUUCUAUUACCAACGAGACCCAGGAGAGGGGAAACAUCUUCUCACUUUUUACCAGAGACCAGCUGGGCCACUAUGAGGAGAUCUGGAGGCCAGAGAU